UGGGUGGACGCUCGCAUUUCGUAGCUGUGGGGGUUUUAUGGAGUGAGGGGGAGAAGAAGGUAGGUGAACUUUAGCUUAGGGGUGUGCGAGUGAGGUGGGGGGGGCGCCCGGGUGCAUGAGAAGGAGUCCCGCCUGCCUUGGAGGAGCUGCUCAAGAGGGUCAGUUUUCUCGGAGAUCCCCCCGCCCAAAACUACUCCUGAAGUGAAAAAAGCCACCUCUUCAUUUUCCCAUCUUAAUUUUCGGGGGGGAAAGGAAAAAAAAAAAAAAAGACCGGAAGCUUGGAUUGGUUUCGGUAUUCCUUCAGCCAGGACUAUGCAAUAAAAAGAACUCUGUGUGGAAGGAAGGCUGUUUGAAUGGGAAAGGAAGGUUACAUGGAUUCAUAUUACAAAAAAAAAUUUUUUUUUUUCCUGAGCCUUCCUUGUGGGAAGCAGCUAGCCUUCCCCUUUUCCCCGUGAAAGGAUUAGGCAACAACAACAACAAAAAAAGCGCUCUUGGGGAACAUUGAAUGAAGGAGGGUUUUUUUUUUUUUGCUCCUCCGAUUUGAGGGACCCUCCUACUUGGACGUGAAAAAACGGGAGAGGAGACCGACCUUCAGGACGCCUUCCAAAAUGCUGCCUCUUAAGGCUUAGUCUGCAAAAAAAAAAAAAAAAGAGACUCCCAGGAUCGCCGUGUUCUUUUGCAGCAGAGAAGUGAUUUCAGGUGCUCUGUUGGGAGGAAAUAGGGUUUCCCUCCUUCAUUGCCGACGAGUUCUUUCCUAGGUGGCAUCCGGGAUAUAAAAUGGACUAGAGGCCUAACCUUUGGAAUAAAAUCUGACAUAAAAGGGGUUGACACCCUGCCCAUCUUCGGAUUGCUUCCUUGUGCCCUGGCUGCUGCUUUCAUGUCUUCCGAGAUGUCGGAGCUUAGGCGGCGAGGAGCUGGUGGAGAAGCUGGUGGAGAUCAUGAAAGAGAAAGUGCGGGUGACAAGGAUGUAGAUGAAGAUGAAAAACUUGGAGAGCUGGACCUCAGAAAUGAUUUAGAAGUUCCUGAAGUUGUCCCAGCAACAGACAGCACUCCAGAAAUUUUUAAAAAGGCUCUUUCUGGCUUAUCUUCCAGAUGGAAGAACUGGUGGAUUCGUGGAAUUUUAACUUUAGCAAUGAUUUCAGGUUUCUCCCUCAUUAUAUAUAUGGGAUCAUUUAUGCUGAUGCUGCUUGUCUUAACCAUACAAGUCAAGUGCUUUCAUGAAAUCAUCAUUAUAGGUUACAGAGUAUAUCGAUCUUAUGACCUACCAUGGUUUAGAACAUUAAGCUGGUACUUCUUGUUAUGCGUGAACUAUUUCUUUUAUGGUGAGACAGUAGCAGACUACUUUGCUACUUUUGUUCAGAGACGAGAACAACUUCAAUUCCUAAUUCGCUACCACCGAUUUAUAUCUUUUACACUUUAUCUGGCAGGGUUUUGUAUGUUUGUAUUGAGUUUGGUAAAGAGACAUUAUCGCUUACAGUUUUAUAUGUUCGCAUGGACUCAUGUCACUUUGCUGAUCACUGUAACUCAGUCUCAUCUUGUCAUCCAAAAUCUGUUUGAAGGCAUGAUAUGGUUUCUUGUUCCAAUCUCAAGUGUCAUUUGCAAUGAUAUUGCUGCUUAUAUAUGUGGAUUCUUCUUUGGCAGAACACCAUUAAUUAAGCUCUCUCCCAAAAAGACCUGGGAAGGCUUCAUUGGUGGCUUCUUUAUCACAGUUAUAUUUGGAUUUAUUGUUGCUCAUCUUUUGGCACAGUACCAGUACUUUGUAUGUCCUGUGGAAUACAACAGUGAAACUAACAGGUUUGUCACAGAAUGUGAACCAUCAGAACUUUUCCAGCUAAAGAAGUACUCCUUACCACCAUUGCUUCAAGUUAUUCUGAGAAAGGAAACGGUGACAUUGUACCCAUUCCAGAUGCACAGCGUUGCAUUGUCAACAUUUGCAUCUUUAAUUGGGCCAUUUGGAGGUUUUUUUGCUAGUGGAUUCAAAAGAGCUUUCAAAAUCAAGGAUUUUGCUGACACUAUUCCUGGCCACGGUGGAAUAAUGGAUCGUUUUGAUUGUCAGUACUUGAUGGCUACUUUUGUACACGUCUAUAUUACCAGUUUCAUAAGAGGCCCGAAUCCCAGCAAAUUGCUGAAACAGCUGUUGGUACUCCAGCCAGAGGAGCAAUUAAACAUUUAUAAAACUUUGAAAUCACACCUCAUUGAGAAAGGAUUCCUCCAACCAUCACUGAGAGGCUAGGAGGACUGGACGAGGGACUACAAAGUGAAGCCCAGCCGGGAAUGCAAUUAUGCUUCUGCGGAGAGAGGUGUGUGGGAAUCAAGCCAGCCUGUGUCCAAAGAUAUGACUGUUUACGGGGAAUACUGUGAACGCCCAGGAUGCCAUGCAAGAUUUUAAGUUUCUUUUUAACAACUGCAUGUUUUUCAAAUAAUUUAUAUUCUUGAAUUAAUGGAAUGAGACUUCUUGCUUUGGUUUUAACUGUUCUGUUCUGAGCAACAUGCACCUACUCCUAGUAAAUAAAAGUUAAAGAAACAAUUAGGGUAUGCAGUUUAUUUUAAAAAAGCCCCUCAUUUAGUGCAAUGGUAUUAAUAUCAAUGACACCAGCUCAGUGAAUGGUAUUCUGUAGGACAGUGUUGGUAGCUCAAUUAUUUGAUAAUAUAACUAAAGUAAUAACCAAAUGGCAAUUGAAGCUGUUUUGCUAGAGUGCUUCCUUUCCGCCAUCCCCACCAAAGCCAGGAAAUGGGCAAAUUUGUAUCUUUUUUUUUUUUUUUUUUGAGUUUCUCAGGUUGACUGUGUUUGUAAUGAAAAACAAAACAAAACCCCAAUGGGUAUGUAUUGGGGAGAGAUGGCUGGAGUGGAAAGGGUACAGGGACUGGAAGUGACAAUUGGAUGCCUCUUAACAGAAUUGUAGGGGUCUAGUUACACAAAGGAUGGCCUGCAUUUUCCCAGGCAAGUUCCAUUCAGAGCUUUUGAGCGGGUUACAAGAAACGGGUCUCCAAACGUUCAGAUGUGUUAAGGUUAAUUGUUCUGUGUCUUUUAUGGUAAGUGCAAUAGAAGUGCUCUUGGCAAUUUCAGGAAGUCCAGAGGCUCGAUCCAAUGUGGUUUUCUACCUUUAUGGGAGGAUUUGUGUAUCCAUCACCUUAACCUGGAAGGCCUUGGCCUAUCACAUUGGAGUCUUCGAGCCCACAUCACCUGCUCUGUCUGAAGAGCAACACUGAGAUGUGCCCAAUUUUAUCCAGACUUUUCUUGAGCCUUGCCUAAAUUGUCACAUUUUAAAGAGUUCCUCAGUUUCUUCAGUUCUUCUGCAUGGUUUCUUUUAUCAUGUCCUAAUCCCAAAACCUUAUUUUUAAAUUCAAAUAACAGUAAGGGGAAAGCCAAAAACCAUGGUAUGAAUGUGACUGACCAAAUAGGAUUUAAGGCAUCAACAACUGCAGUCUCUACAGACUUCCUUUGCUAUGCAAAUGAAAGGGAGCAACCCAAAAGCUCAGUUCAUUUAAUUGGAUUGGGCAAGAUAACUUAUAGAGGAUUGUUCCCUACAAAUUUAAUUUGAAUGUUAAUUUUCUUUGCAGUGAGCAUUCAAGACUUAUUUUUGUAGGAUUUUAAGGCAGCCGGCUUAACCCGUUUUUGUCCUGCUUUGCUUACCUUUUUAAAGCAGUUUUGUGGAAUCACCUAUCCAUCUUUGACUUCCGAAAUAAUGAAGCAUGUAUGUUUGAUUUUCAGCAAUAGUAGAUUAUUCCAGACAAGGCAGAAAACCAAUAGGUUCAGUCUAAUGUUAUCAACUGAAACAGCUGCAAAUGAGGAAUCUUGCCAAUAUUUAAACACUGGGAAUUCCUUGCAACAUUUCUUUAGUAAUAGGGAAGCAGCAGUAGCGUUUGUCUUGUCUGUAUUGCUCCAUUAUUAGCAAAAGCUGGUUUAUAAUACAGGAUUUACUGGAGGUUUUCCCUCCCCUUCAGCCAUUGUCUUUGGCCCUCCUAGUACUUGCAGCAGUUGUGAUCUUUUUGGCUCACAAAAAGAGUCCGGAUUCAGAGUCUUUGCUUAAAGACACAUUUGUCAUACUGAGAAAUCUGUAUGGAACUGGAGUUCUCUGAACAUAUCCAUUGUUCAGUCCACUUACACCCUUUUUCUUUUCAAUGGUGAUGGUUGUAAGACCAGGCACCAGACAUCUUCAGAUGAUAGUGGUGUAGAAGAGCCCACCAUGCUAGUCUUUUAGUCAAGCAGUGCCAGAGGUAGAUCACAAGAUCUGCUGUAGCCUUUGGGAUGAGGCUACACAGCCACUCAUAUCUGAAACCUGCCUGGGUAGGUGCCAUUUCUUCAGGUUGCAUAAAAGACUUGUUUGGCCGGGAUUAUACACAAUGAAUCCCACGUCUUCCUUUUAUGUUCAGCGAGGUGGGGUGGAAGAAGGAUUUUAAGUGGGACUCCUGCGUAGAUAAAACCUUAGAUUUCUAAAGUGAUACUACCAACUUUCAUGCGAAACAAAUAGGAUAGAACCCAACGGAUAUGGGCGUUUAAGGAGAAAAAAAAGAGGGCAAUAAAGACCAUACCUAACGAGAUGCUGGCAUCGGGUUUAAAGAUUAGUAGGAAUAUUUGCACUGAACAUGCUAGUCAUUGUAUGUCUAGAAAAAUAAGACUUAAAAAAAUUUCUUUAGAAAACAUGCUACUUACUCCAUCUUGAUGGUGAAUCGUAAAAAUAUGUAAUGUUUGGUUUUAAUAUAACAUUGUAACUUUUGGGGUUAUGUUUGUGUAAUUUUUAAAUAUUUUUUUAAAAUUUAAAUUUGUAUUUAAGCAACUGAAUGUAAAUGAAUUAAAGCAGUCAGCUUUGUUUGCACUAAUAAGGGAUACCACUAUAUAAUGCUGCUAUUCCUUCAACUGAAAAAGCCUUCUUGAUAAUGUUAGUCGCACUCCAGCAUCGUCAUAUGUUUUAAAUAAAACACUUUUGGGUGACAAUCUAAGAUUAAUCUAAUAAACUGCUGCAAAAAUAUUUCAGAAGGUGUUUACUAUAUAUGUACUCAUGCAUAUAUAAGCAGUGCCAAUAAGCAGUUCACAAAGAAUAAGAGUUUUGCUUUGUAGGUUUAGUGAAAGCACCUGGAAAAGUAAAUAUCCAAAUCAUAUUGGCUGAAUUAGAUUGUGUACUGGAUGUCUUUUUAAGAAUACAACUUUAGGUUUUUCUUUCCGUUGUAUACAAUAAAAGUUUUCAACAACCUCAGUUCUAACAGUGUGGUCCAAAGGAAACUCUUCGCUUAUAUCUGUCUUUUAAUUUGCAUUUUUCAGUAAAACACUUCCACUUGCUUAGCGAAAUUGUGCAUACUGUAAAUGUUUGAACAUUAGAUGUGUGUUGACCAUUUUGUAGAACUGAGCUGGAGAAAAUAAAG